AAUAACAGUAUGUACUAAAUGCUAGAUGUCGAUCAGCUGUCAAGCGAAGCGUUCCGCCGUGAUUCGUGCGUUGUGCGUAUAUAAAAAAUAUUUGACGUGCAGUGUCCUCAAUUGUUGUAUUAAGGGGGGACAUAAGCAAUGGAGCCCGAGGAUUUAGGAGUGGAAUCAUCUUCCAGUAGAAUAGGACAAUCACUUCGUAUUGAGAAAACUCAUGCGGCUGUUGACUACGACGAAGAUCGACUGCACGAGAUGACAGCGUCUUAUUCCGAAAUAUCAUUCGAUUCGCAAUCUUCGCCUCCCAUGUCAGAGCUGAGGUCUUUGGUGGAAUCACCAGAGUUUGACGGUGAUAAAUUAUUAGAAGAGGGCAUAGCAAAAAUGGAAGGGGUCGGACAUCGUCCGGAUCGAUUGAAUUUGAAGAGCAGCGAUGAAAGUCCGGAUGAAGAUGAUAUAGAUCCAGAUUUACCGAGUUAUCAAAAAGCUCUAGGUUAUCUUCAGCUGGAAGGAACAGUUAUGCAGGAAGGUGACAUGGUAUUAUUCGUUGCGGAAGAUCUCGAGACAAAAAUCAAACUGUCAAGCCCAGUAACGAAAAAAAGUGACACUCCUUCGUUCCCUGGCUCACGGAGUUCAACUCCUUGCCUCUACAGACAAGCUCUUACACCGCAAUUACCAUUACUGGAUCACAAUGUUCUCAAUGAACUUGAAAUGGAAGCACGAAAAAUAGCCACUUCUGUUGACUCGUUGACAGAAAAUUUAGCUGCUAUUUUGCACGGGGCCUCUGCAGUAACAGUCGGAUGUUUGGAAACGUAUCGAGAUGCUGUCUGCAAAACCUGUGACGCAGUCGAUCACAACAUCAAAUCAAUGUAUCAGCUUAUGGCAAAAUGCGAGGAACUCUCAAAAAGCAUGAGUCCAAUAUACAAAUUGGCUGAACAAAUCAAAGAGAUGAAAAGAAUGCUGGAGCUGUUUGAGAGUGCUAUGAAUCUAUAAGUAUAUUUUCGAAAAUCGUGGUUGCGGUCAGGCGGACAAACGUGUAUCAAGAAGAAAUACAGAGGAGGCCAGAGAAGAGGGUGACGAAAUAAGAAUAUCCGAUAAGGUUGUUAAUCGUCUGGAUUUUAUUGGGCUUCGACGUUAAGUGUUUCUGAGGAUACAUUCGAGAAUGAAUAUAUGAACGUUUAAAGGACUAAAGUCGUGAUAGUUUGCGAUGAAGUUUUGAUGAGAUUAAUGCCCAUACUCGAUAGGACGAUAUAUUCGAGGAGCAGAUUAAACUUUUUCAACCACAUGCCCUUGAAGAGGACAGCGCACGUGAUUAUUAUUUUCGUCUCAUCGCUGAUAUCAACUGUAACGAAAAUAGCAUUUUAGUGUGUGUAUUAACGUCGGCAUCAUCCAUCCAAGGAUAGAAUCGUGAAGAACAAUGAAAGCGGGAGCGUACGCGAGCUCGAGACAUCGUUGAUAGCGUUUUCCAUAUUUCCUCGGCAGUUGUCAUCAAGGGCGUUACCCGUUGCUGCUGGAUCAUCGUUGACUAAUGUCGUCUUCACACCCAAAUAAUCGAUAACGUCUUUGUAUAUUUUAGCCAGGGUUGAUGAUUCAGUUACGUAUAUUUCGUUAACUGUCUUCAGCCCCGAAUCUGCGUAUUUCUGAAAUUAGGCUUUACUCAGUCUAUUUAUCGUCGUCAACAGCCGAGUUUCCAAAUAAUCAUUUUAUCGUUUACAAAAAUUCAAUUGAGAAGGUUUCGACGAGUUUGAAGAAAUCAUUUUUUACCAUUCGCAAGCUCUGUCACAAUCAAAGUUCAAGACUCUCUGAACUGUGACUUUUGUUUUUUGUUGAAAUUUCGAAUAUUUAAUGCGAACUCACAGACAUUUUCUCAAUGAGGCGUUUGACUCCAACUUGGUGAACACAUGCCGGCUCGGGAUCGGUUGAAUGAAAGACUGUGGGGGGAAGAAGCGACUGCAUGAUUUUUCUGGAGGUACCGGUUGUUCCAAACGAUGCCAAAUGCAGUGUGAGUGCAGCGGAGAGUGGACAAAAAACGAAGUUUGAUUUUUCCGUUCUCACAAUUUCCUGUACGAAUACAAUGAUUCUGUGUUCAGAGAUUGAUGUUAAGAGGCGAUUAAAUUAAUGACAGAGCCGAUGAGCUCGUUCAA